GUGCUGCAGUAUCUCUGCUGCUAUAAACUGAACGUUGGUUUGUAAUAAUUUGAGUUCCGUGCAUGAACCCACUUAUUAACUUAAUAUUAGCAUAAUCACAAAGCCCAGACAGUCCCAAACAAACAGCAGUCUAUGGACAGAUAUGAAAAAGGAUACAAUAUAUUUUGUUUAAUCCGAACUACUAGCUGCUCGGAAUGUAUAAUUGUAAACAAGUAUUUGAAUAACAGCUAACAAUAUAUAGAGGGACGGCUUACUUACUAAUGGUUCACAUAUUGUUUGGUAAUCAACACACAUAAUUAAACCUGUGUACUUAGGGGACGUAGAAUCUUUGUUGUAAAUCAGAGCACUGUGUGCACGGACCUCUAGCGCCACCUAGUGAUUGAUCCAUGCAGAACACAGUCAACACGAUGCAAUUCUUCUGUAGUUUUUCACGGCUCCUUUGCAGAUUUGACAUUGACAGCUCGUUACAUCAGGAUGAACACUUAGAAUUGAUACUUUGCAGGGAGGGAUGCAUGCACAACACAUAACACAAUGAUACAAUGGUGUAGUCUAUUGAUCAGUGGUGAUGGACCUGUUGUGUGGACUGCAUGUGUUAGCUGAUAACCGCGAGGUAUCUGUACAUGUGAAGAUUUCAAAUGAUGGACUUAAGUUAAACUAAUAUUGUUUUGUUUUUUCCUUAAGCAAAGAUUCUGAUUAUUCAUUUGGCAGGAUACAAAAUGGUCAUUCAAAAGUCACUACACUGUUUAUACUGGCCCAGAUUGGAGGUUAUGUUUCAGGGGGCUAAACUUGGCUGCAGGGACUUCUUCAACAUGUUUGAUGGCAAAGUUGAAUCCCAUUUUAAAUGUCUGUUUGAGGUAUUCUUUGGAGGGAUUAACGCAGGUCUGCUAAUCUCUGUUAGUGACGCCCCGGUGACGUCACCUUUACGUGAUGCGUCACUGCGCUACAGCAGCAGCCUUCUGCUCGUUUGUCGAGUGAGCGAGUUUAAUGUUUCACCAGCGAAAUGUCUCCUCGUUUAUUUCUGUUGGUAUCACGCGUGGAUAUCCGAUGAUGUUACACUUUCUUUUUUCGGUGGAAGGGCUCUACAAGACCGCCUAAACUCUCUGCCAUAAAGUUGCUCAUAGCUAGCCCUAGCUAGCUAGCGUUAGCCCUCAGACUUUUGAAGUCCGCUUGCUUUUUUGCGACGCGGCGUUUGUGUUUUUUUUUUUUUCGCUCAUCCUCCUCUGGGAUGAAAUGGUGCUUUCCUUGGUGAGCCUUUGCGCCCGGGAGGUGGUGAGGGACCACAGCUCGUCGCCCUGCUGGCUCAGGUGGGUGCCCAGGGAGCUGUACAGACCGCUGUUGGAUGCCUCUUUCACCGGCUGCAGACCGCUGGCGGUGGGCGAACUGGUGCAGCGGUGGCCCGAACGCACGCUGCGCGUCGGUAGGCGCCGGAAACCGGGUCAAACCGGGCCGAACCGACUCUGCGUCCAGGCCCUGUUGCUCGCAGUCGUCAGAGGAAUGUCGGACCAAAGGUGUGCCCUGCAGGUGCUGGAUCUCUGCGGGCUGCAGGGAGACGAUGGCGGGAUGGCAGACUCCAUGGGAGGCUGGUCUCUGACAGUAGCGCUCUGCACCAUGGUGGUUCAGGCCAGAACCAGAGCACAGAGGGCCCAGCGUGAGAGGAAAAGGCUCUCAGUGCUGCAGAGAGAGAAAGACGUGAAAAGAGAGAGGGGAGAGAAAACCAACACUACCGAGCCUGGGGGACAGGACGCAGAGAAAUUGGACUUGUGUGGGACUAUGGAGGAAGAGGAGCUGAUCCCAGGUGUCAGGAGGCGGAUGGAGGUGGAGAGGAAAAGAGACACUUUGGUUACAGGGCCGGCAGGCACUAGAAGGGAUGCCGAGGAGAAAGAGGUAAACGCCGACGUGUCGGUGCACGUGAGGGCGGAUCUUUUUGUAAAUGCGCGCUCUUGGGAGCGCGUUCGCGGGGCUUUGAGCGCGCAGGGCCCCCUCCGGCUGCAGUGCAGAUACCUCCGGGUGGAAGAGGUUUCGGUGACCACUAUCAAGACCCUGCUGGGCCUCCUGCCUCGCCAGGGCCUUCUGGGCAUCGACGUCCGCUACAGCAGCCUCGGCGUGGCCGGCCUGGCCGAGCUGCUGCCUCUGCUCUCCACCUUCCCGGCGCUGAGAUCCCUGCGCCUGCACUACUGUAACUUGGACUUUCGCAGGGACCACGUUGGCCAGGAAGAGGCCCUGAGGGACUUGUCUCAGGGUCUGACUCAGCUGCAAGAACUGCGGCGCCUCAGCCUCACUGCCCUGCGCUUGCCUGGACAACUUCGUGUGCUGCUUAGCUCACUGCCUCAGCCUCUAGAGAUACUGGAGCUGCCGUAUUUGAGCCUGAGCCCCGCCGACUUCGCCUAUCUGUCCUGCAGCCACCAUGCUUCCACGCUGCAGCAGUUGGAUCUGAGCGAGAACCGUCUGGAUGAAAGCACCCUGACGUCGGUACGCCGCCUCCUCUCGCAGGCUGCCGGUGGCCUGCAGCACCUCUCUUUGAGUGGCUGUGGCCUCACCGAUGGCCUGCUGGGCCUCUUGCUGCCGUCGCUGGGAGGCUGCCGGGCCCUCAAGAGCUUGGCCCUGGCCCUGAACCCCCUCUCCGUUGCCGGCCUCGUGGACCUGGUGAGGAUGGCCGUGCGAAUGCCCUCCCUCCGUCAGUUGCUGUACCCCAACCCACUGGAGGACUACCAGCCGGGCCUGCCCGACCUGCCCUCUAGCGCUCAGCUCCUAGACUGGCCGCUGGGUGCGGUCACAGACAUCAACGUCACCAGCAGCCAGCUCAACAGGGUGCUGAUGGAGAGCGGGCGUUCGGACCUCUUUCUGACCUGCGACCUGCUCAACUACGACAAAGACUUGGUGGACUAGAGCGGAGGUGAAAGGAUGGACACGGGUAUCGUCACACACCAGAGCAAUGUGCAUACACCCGACAAUCACAUUUACAGUGGUUAUUAAUGGUCAAGUAUGGUUCAAUUAUCUGGUUUAAAAAGUGUGUCCUCCUCUUGGGAUUUCAAAAAUGGGCCAUUUGUAAUAUUAUUAUAUUGUAAUUAUACAGUAAUAAGCCAUAUGCUUGGAAACGGUGCUAAAUUACUUAAAGUUCACUUCUAAAUGAUUUUGUACCCCAAAUUGCUUUAUAAUCACUUUAACGGAAUAGAUGGUAUUACAGCUGUCACACGUUUAUUCAGGUUUAGUAUAUAUGCAGAUAAUACAUUUGCAUACUGUGGGGCAAGUAAGUUGUAACAGUGGCUUCAGAUUGUGUGCUCAGUUCCUGAAAAGUAUAUUAAUGUAACUGCAAUAUUUAGUCUUAUUUUAAUACCCUUUCGCUGUGCUUUUUUAUGCUAUAAUUGUUGUAAAAUGUCCAGAAUUAUGCUUUUCAGUAGUUAAAAAUCAUCAACAAUCAGGAAAUACAUAUGUCAAAUCACCGUUGUAACACAUGGAUGUAUUUACAUAGUGUGAGUCGCAGAAUAAAUCAUUCAUAAACUAA